AGUUCAUAUAGUUUGCCACUCGACUAUUCAAAACACAUCAAGGUACUUGUGCGAGAGUAGAUAUAUUUGAGAACAGGAAAGAUACCAGUUCACUUGACAUUUAGUUGUGAGAUACAAUCAGAAAAGGAGCAUCAGCCAAAAUGAUAGCAUUCGGAUUGUUGGCUCUGGUAGCCUUUUCUGGAGUUUUCUCUGCCUCCGUCCCAUUCCACCCCCUCUCCGAUGAAUACAUCGACCACAUCAACAGCCUCCAGACCACGUGGAAAGCUGGCAGGAAUUUCCCCAAAGAUAUGCCCCUGUCCCACAUCAAGCGUCGCCUGGGAGUACUCGAGAGCGAAAACACAGAGAAUUUACAGACAGUUCACCAUGUCAAAGCCGAUGAUGAGGUCAUUCCUGAUACCUUCGACGCUCGAGAACAGUGGCCGAGUUGUGAGUCCAUCAGAUUGAUCAGAGAUCAGUCGGACUGCGGAUCAUGCUGGGCGGUAUCUUCUGCAGCUGCCAUGUCUGACAGAAUCUGCAUCUCUUCGAAUGGAACCGAUCAAACUUUGGUAUCAGACGAGGAUCUCAUGUCCUGCUGUUCGAAGUGCGGUAAUGGAUGCGGUGGUGGAUAUCCAAAUCGAGCUUGGGAAUACUGGCAAAAAACAGGAAUCGUCAGUGGAGGUCCAUACAACAGUACAACUGGGUGCAGAGCCUACUCCCUGCCUCCCUGUGAACACGAUGGCACUCCUGGCAGCCUUCCCCAAUGCGAUCCUAAGGGCUACGACACCCCCGAAUGCGUUCGUAGUUGCGAUAAAGGAUCCACCUUAUCCUACAAGGAAUCAAAAACCUAUGCUGUGGAGGCGUACACUAUCACUGGAAAUGUCGAGCAGAUUCAGUUGGAAAUACUGAAGUACGGUCCAGUGGCAGCUACCUUCCUUGUGUACACCGACUUUUUGUCUUACAAAACCGGUGUUUACCACGAAACUUCGUUCAACUAUGUUGGAAAACACGCAGUCAGAGUGAUUGGUUGGGGUGAGGAGAACAAUGUUCCCUACUGGCUCGUUGCAAACUCCUGGAACGAAGACUGGGGAGACAAGGGAAUCUUCAAAAUCCGACGUGGAACGGACGAGUGCCGAAUCGAAAAAGAAAUUUCAGCUGGUCUGCCACGAUUGUAGAAGUUGUUCUUGCCUUUAAGUUACCUACAUAUAAUUAUAUAUGGUCUUUAACAUGAUUAUGUGAUUUUAUUCAAUCACUCAUCUUGUUGGUGUUUUCCCCAUGCGAUUCA